AUGACUGGUAAAACCCAGACUAGCAACGUGACCAAUAAGAAUGACCCCCGUUCGCUCAACUCCAGAGUCUUCAUUGGAAACCUCAACACAGCCAUUGUCAAGAAAACCGACAUAGAGGUCAUCUUUGCCAAAUACGGCAAAAUAGUGGGCUGCUCCGUGCAUAAGGGUUACGCCUUUGUACAGUACAUAAACGAAAGGAACGCCCGGGCAGCUGUAGCAGGAGAAAACGCCCGUAUCAUCGCUGGACAGCCCCUCGACAUAAACAUGGCGGGUGAGCCCAAGCCAUACCGGCCCAAAGCAGGCAACAAGCGGCCGCUCUCAGCUGUUUACAGUGGUUAUGACUUUGAUUACGAGUACUACAGGGAUGACUUCUACAGCAGGCUUUUCGACUACCACGGCAGAGUGGCCCCCCCACCGAGAGCUGUGAUCCCUCUGAAACGCUCCAGGGUGCUCGCUCCUUCCACCCGCCGCGGGAAGACUUCUUUCCCCAUGAAAACCUCCUCUUCUUCCUCCUCCUCAUCCUCCAGACCUCCCACAACAUCAUCCUCCUCCGGCGUCAAACUGAAGACGGAUCAGCUCCAGACUAUUAAACGAGAGCUCACUCAGAUCAAGAUGAAGAUCGACUCUUUGCUGGGACGUCUGGAGAAGAUUGAGAAGCAGCAGAGAGCUGAAUGUGAGGCUCAAAGAAAAUAUGAAGACAACUGCGACUCCUUACAUGAGGAGUCUGUUUCAGAGACGGCGGAAAACUCCGGGGAGGAGGCUGGCGAGGGGGCGCUGGACGUGGAGGCGGGAGAGAUGACCGACGGGGGCGAGGACGACUUCGACGAGGAGGGCGGCCACCAUCUGAUAGAGAACCACGUCUCAGAUAUUGACAACUGAGAUCAGGGAAAGGAUGCCGAAUCCCCUGGUCUUGUGUAUUAGAAUUCAUCAUUCACCUUCCAGAGGCAAAAAGGAUCUGUGAGGAAUCAAGACACCCAUUCAGGACUGUGAGUUGUGUUUAAGAGAUGCCGAGUCAUGUUUUGAUGCCCAGCUCUGCAGCACAAACCAAAUUCAAUGUGCCGUCUAAAGCAAAUGUACCCAAGAUCUGUUUUAAUGCAUUGGUCGGAGUUUACUUCAAGUGAAACUUGUAUUACAUUGCAAAAAGCCGUCUGUCUCUACAUUUUAAACCUGUUCCUGAAAAGAUAAAACUGAUGGGAAAGGAAUAGAGGGUUUUAUUGGAUUUAUAAAUGAAGUUAUGUUAAAAGAUGGGAACAUGACAUUGUCGACCAGUCGUUGCUGCUUUUAUGAAAUGUGCUUGCGCUGUAAUUUCCGUACUUUUUUCUUUUCUUUUGUUUUUGCUCAAGAAUCAAAUGAAUAAAUAUGUGUACCAACAAUCUGCAACUGCUGUGUGGUAUUCAGAAAAAAAUGAAUGAAACAUCGCCGCCGUCAUGCAUAAACCAAUGGCUGCGAGCAAAACUUUAUCCAGCUUUAUCCAUUUAUCACACAAAUGCCCCAUGGGAGCCGUUCCAUCAUACAUUCCCGUUCUCCUGCCAAGUUUCAGAAGCAGAAAAAGGCUUCCUGUGGUAGGGAGCCAACACUGGCGCAGGCCUCCUGCCAAGGAGCAGUGCCCUAACAUCUCAGUGCACUCCUCCCUACUCAGCCUGUGCAUCCCAACAUGGACUUCUGCUGUUCAGCCAGCAUCUCUCUCUUUCACCAUUUUUCCUUCUGUAUUCUGCUCGGAUUCCAGCUCAUGUAGGAGAGGGAGCAAGGUAAUGUUUUUUGCCG